CUGUGUGCUCAGACAGGGAAGCUUCAAGACACCGCAAGGAACCCGCAGCCGCCCUUGGCCUCGACCUCACAUUUUCUCCAUUUCAUUCCAGAUUCUCAGUUACUCGUCUCUUUAAUUUGGGUCUUCAUUAAGCGCGCAUUUUGCUCAUUACUCAUGCGUUAAUCAGGAAGGAAUUUGCAAGGAGGAGACUUCGUUUGAUCACGUGGUCGGAGAAUGUUGAGGCAAUGAGGCAAGUAAGCGUGAAUGCCCAGUGUCACUUCGACUGAAACAGACGGAAGGACACGUGGCCCAAAGGAGUGAGCGAGCGAGAGGUGCAGUUGCAGAGGUAGCAGUGGUGGCCGUUGCCGCCCCAGGACUUGAUGGACCCCCCUGGUCCGCUGCCUGAGAAGUCCCAGAGUCCCUUAGAAGCAAGGCAUGGCGGCCAGGGACGUGGCAGGGGGUCUGGGGUGGCCCGCUCAGCCCGCCCCAGAGGACUUCCGAAGCUCAUGGCUAUCAACGCACUCGUAUGCGGUGUGGAAAUCGUGUCGAGCGCAGCUUUCACUUACAUCCCUCCUCUGCUUCUCAAGGCUGGAUACACGGAGACCGUCAUGACAAUCAUAUUGGGAGUAGCUCCAUUUCUGGACAUGAUGACGGUGCCCCUCCUGGCCGAGUGGAGCGACCGCUGCAUGUCCGUGCUGGGACGACGUCGGCCCUUCAUCAUGUCCCUGGCCACGGUGCUGCUCUUCUCCCUCAUCCUCAUCCCUUAUGGCCAGAUCAUCACCUCCAUCGUCAGCGGCGAACAUUCAGGAAGGAUCAAUAUGAUAAUCCUUGCGCUGGGUGUGAUUCUGCUCGAUUAUAGCUACCAGGCGCUGUUCAACCCGUGCGAGGCUCUGCUGUCAGACCUAAUGGCCACAGCACCUGAGUGGGAGCAGACUCAGGGCUUCACAGUGUAUUCAGCCAGCAUUUCCCUGGGCUGCAUCCUGGGCUACCUCAUCGUGUCCAUCGACUGGCUGUCGGUGGGCCUCCUCAUCGGCUCACAGGAACAGACUGCCUUCACCGUCAUCUUCAUCAUGUUCCUGCCAUGCAUGUUCCUUACACUAGUGUUUGCCAAGGAGAAGCCAUUGAAGAGGGCGCUGGUGCUGUCAGUGCAUCCCAAGGAGGGAGAGCUGCUGAGAAAGGACUUGGCAUCAGAAAAAGAGCUGCUGCUGGCCAAGAAACUCGACCCAGUAGUUGUGGAGGAAGGCGUUACUAUGCUAGACCUCACCCACGAUGGCACAGCCAUAGUCAAGGACCACCCCUCAGAUGGAGGAUACGAGAGCGGCUCCAGCGAGACUGAUGAGACAGCACCACUCACACUUUCCUCAUCCGAAAUGCUCAAGUGGAGGUAUCAUCGCCUCAUGCACCAGAUCCAGCGGCUGCCCAAGAUCACCAUCCAGAGGCUCAUCAAUGGCUGUCUGCGAUUCCUCUGGAAGAUUAUGAAAAUUCUUGUAUUUUUACCUUAUCAGAUUAUCAAACUACCAAUGGGCACUUGGCACAAGGUGAGCAGUGCACCCACUGUGCUCCGGCGGUUGUUUCUGGCUGAGCUUUUUGGCUGGAUGGGGUUCAUGUGCCACAACAUGUUUUUCACGGACUUUGUGGGCCAGUACAUGUAUGGUGGGCUGCCUGAUGCCCAGGAGCACACAGAGCUUGCAGUAUUGUAUGAUGAGGGGGUCAGGAUGGGGUCUUGGGGCCUCUUCCUGCAUAGCCUUACAGCCUGCCUCUAUGCCUUCUUCAUCCAGCAACACAUUGUUCGCUUGUUGGGUCACCGUGCUGUGUUCAUCGGUGGACUUUUCAUCUUCGCAAUCACCAUGACGGCAACUAUUGCUGCACCUACAGUGCCCUUCCUCAACGUUGUAACAGCCUUGUCUGGAGUCGGCUUUGCAGCUCUCACCUCGACGCCAAAUAUGCUGGUCACUCUUUAUAACUCAGACCGCCAACUGUACAUGUGGGACGGCAACAGUUCAGAGUUUGGUGAGGAGCAAGGGCUGGGGACAGAUGUUGCAGUCCUGGACACGGCCUACUUCCUUGCACAGAUCAUCCUGUCAGUGUUUAUGGGACCGCUGGUCGACCUCACUGGCUCAGCCCUCCCAUAUAUGGUGGUGUCCGCGAUGACAGGGUUGGUGGCAGUGUACUGUGGGACGCGCGUCGUCUUCAAUGACCACCACCUGAAGCAGCUCAGGGCGGGGGGAUUCUAACUGCGCUCACCUUCGUGGCCUUAGACCUGUCUGGUCUUAGGACUGGGCGAUCCUCUUUUGUAAUUUAUGAUUUACGUACUUCUGUGUAUCUUGCUGGUGUAUUUAUAAUGACUUUUUAUAUUUAUUUAUAUGUAUCCUUUCUGUGCUGCAUCAGGAGAUGAUAGAGUGAUGGUUUGUCAUGUGAGUGUCAAGUCUUUCUAAAAAGUUUAAUUUUAUUUUUGUGGUAAUGUAUUUGUAUUGCCUGUGAACUAAGCACACACAAGAACAGUCAGGAUUCCCCAUGUGUGUUUGAUACAUUCAAACAUUGUUCAGUAUAAAACUCUUGCCAUGAUGUUUGAGACGAUCCAUAUGUUGGGAAAUGUGAACAUUGUCAAGUUAAGUAUUUGUGGAACAAAAAAGGAAAGCAAGAUGAUUUUGUGUCACGUUCAUUUUAGUGCUGCCAAAGUAAUCUUACCUAUUAUUUCCCCAAUCUCUUAUGGUGGUUAAAGCACAAGAUUUUAUUGUAUUUUUUGUCUGCAAAUUUUCCUAAUGCAAAACAAAAGAAAGUGUUUUGGGUAAUGUGAGAUAAUUAUAUAUAUUUAUAUAUAUACUUAUACAUAUACUUUUAUAUAUGCACACACAUACAUAUAUACACUUUUUCCUUUCCAAUGUUGCUAAUAGUCUUUCUGUUUCUCUCAACUUUUUACCACUUUUUAUUUAUCUAUGUAGUUUUUAAGUCCCUUAGGCAUAAUGUAGGAGAACACUUUUAGGAGUUCUAACAGGAGAUCAUUGAGUGUGCAGGGGCUGCUAUAGUGCUGUGGGUCAGUAGGUGUUGUUAGUGGUGCUAGGAAGCAUUGUGAACAGAACAACAAAGAACAAAUCUUUUUACUUUAUACACUAGUGAGAUUUCUUUUCUUUGUCUUUUUCAUUUUUAACAAUUCAGAGUUCCAUAUUAGUUUGAAGUAAAGAAUUUGCGUACAUUUCAUUUUCGUGGCGUGGUAAAGAAUUGGAGUCGGAGGAAGUAGCAAGCCAUUGAAUCUAGACAUUUGUGGAAGCUCUCUUUUAUUAGCGGCCAUACACAUAUUUGCUCUGUUGCUAAUUAAACAGAAAUGAUAAGAUGACCAUAACUAUGUCUGCUUAGCUUUUUAUCUGUUCAUUGUUUGCAAGCUCGUUUUGUUUUUAAGAGAUACAGUUGGUGCUGAUGGUACUUAUUAAGAAGACUUAGUUACACUUGAAGGUGAUAUAAUUUCAUCACUUUAAGAGAACCUUAAAAGAAAGGAUUUUAGGGAGUGAACUUUCCUACUUGAUUAUUUAAUCCUCUGUUUUCCCUUUGCAACUCAGUUUUCUGAGUCAGAAGUGCUUCUCAGUUCUCUCGGGAAUAAGGACUUAUCAAAGACAAAUAUGUAUGGCAGAGCAAGAGGCACUGUGGGAAUAAGGGGAAUAAGAAGGGCCAGACUCGGCCUGCUUCUGUUUCAGUGGAACUGCAAAGGCAAUGCCACAUAGGUGCUUUGGGUCGCCUUGUCCUAAACAGUAUUUAGUUUAUGAAAGGGCUGUUUUCCUCGUUACUUUGGCUCUUCCACUCUCCUUCUUCCUCCCAGGUUUGAUGCGGCGAUUGCUUUCUCUUGUGGAUGCUUACAUAAUUUUAAGUUCAUUCUCAGACUGGAAUAAAAAGGUCGUUCCAUGGUUUAUGUAUGAAUUAUCAUUGUUAUCUCAUACUUUCCUUUACUUUAGAAAAUUUAUAUAGAGAAUUUAUAUAGAAAACAUUUUUAUCAUUGGACAGAUCAGGCACUCAAGAAAUACACAAAGAUGAGUUAUGAAUACAAAGCACAUGACGCAUAAAGUGUAAUAAUUAUUACUUAAGGUGUGCACUUUUUCAGUCAACAGGUCUGAACAGUAUUGAAAAGACAGUAUUGUAAUUAAACCAUAGAACAAGUAGCAUCUUUGAAAGAACAAUAUUCAUUGUUAUGAGAAAGCACAAACUUUUUGAGGAUGGUUUCUCUGUGUUUAAUUUUAUGACUGUAUGUGUGUUGUCUUAUUAUGCAUGAGCAAUUUCAGGAAUGUGCUAAUAACGUGCUUUUCUGUUUUUAUCAACUGUAAUGUAAUUUGUAUCUAUUUGUUAAUAACCUUGUCAAGUAGAGGUUAAAGAAGCUGGUGUUUAAUCACCCAGACUUAUUUUAUAUAAAGAAAACAUUAAGUUUAAAUUGCAUCUUUUAAAAAAUUUCCAGGUACUUGGAUUCUUUGUUUGCCUUAAAAGCACAGGAUUGGGGCAUUUAAGUCCGUGUCCUGUGCCGGUCUUGAGUAUAGAUGAAUUAGACUGAUUUCUCGUUAUUUUGAAGGAACCCAUCUCAUUCCAUCCAGGCAACUUUCAAAGGUUCUCUCUCUGAAUUUGACGUAAGAGUCAGACAUAUUUGCGUAAUGGGUAGAUUUUUUAUAUACAUAGUGACAUUUGAUAUUACCAUAUAGUUUUGAUACAUUUUUUGCUUCUUAGAUCCAGUGGUUAAUUUUAACAAUUGACCACCAGAUCCUUUUUUACUUAAAAGAGACUAGUGUGUAGGCAGUGGGACAAUAGUGAUGAAGUAGAUGUAACAUUGUAAAUUGACAAAACCAUUAGGCAGAAUGUCACGUCAGCUCCAGCAGUGGAAGCAAUUAAUUUUUCAGUGGGAGGGAGAGAAAUGAGGGACACACAGUGAUGUCGUACAAAUUUGAGGUUUUUCUUUCCUUUUUUCAAGUGAUGUUCCCAGACAAAAGAGUGGGCUUUUAUUACAUGAGAAAAUGUAGGAAGAUGGAACUAGUUUUACAUGAUUAGUAUAUUAAUUCAUAUAACAAUUUUCCAUUCUUCAGUAUUUUUUAGAAGGUUUUAAUUCAUAUAUAUAUAUAUUUUUGCUUUUAUGUUUUGUACUUAUAUAGGUUGAAUGUAUAUUCCUUGUUGAUAAUUUUGUUCAUUAUUCUUAUCAUUAUUUAUCCAUUUAGUAAUUUAAAAGAAUGGAAAAGACAACAGAAUUUGCAUACAAUAAAGCAGCAAAUAUAACUAUCAUAAAUAAAAAUAAGUUAGUAUGAAGUUUUUGAAACUCCUUCUGUGUAUGCUGGCUUUUGCUUGAACCUGAAAAGAAGACUCAUUUUCUAGGAGAGGAGAGAGAGAGAGAGAGGAGAGAGAGAGAGAGAGAGAGAGAGAGAGAGAGAGAGAGAGAGAGAGAGAGAGGGGAGAGAGAGAGAGAGAGAGAGAGAGAGAGAGAGAGAGAGAGAGAGAGAGAGAGAGAGAGAGAGAGAGAGGGGGGAGGGGAGAGAAAGAGGGAGGGUAGAGAGGAUAAAGUGAAUGUCUUAAUGACAACAAGCAUGAGAGAGAGAGAGAAAGUGAGCUGAAACAAAACUUUACAAGAUUGAAAUAGUAAACAUUUAGAUUCGAAUUUGGUAUUUUGUAAGUUACAAUAAUGCUCUAUUAUGUAAGUUUUUACAUUAUUCUUGACUUUGGUUGGUGGUAUUCCUGAUUCAACCAAAGGAAACCCACAAGGAGCUGGUUUUUGGUCAUUAGGUUAUUCUCCACAUAACCUGAUUUCCUUGCAUAUUCUUGGAACUGUGCAGUGGAAGCAAAGGAAAGAGAGAGUAUUAAAAAAGUGUAUAAGGUGCAUUAUCUCUCAGCUAAAUUGCACAAUGUAAAUUUAAAGCUGAAAAAUACAAGAUUUUGAAAUAGUUCUAUUGGUUCAGGUUUUACUUAGAAUCCUCUGUGUGUGAUACUAAUAAAAAAAUUUGCAGCUUCUGCAGUGGAAGUUCAUCCACUUCCUCUGCUGUAGUUUCUUUGCAUAAAUUUCAGAUGCAGGAAUCAUGUAGUUGGGAGAGGUAACCCUUUUUUAUUUAUGUAUUUAUUCUAGGGGUUUUUAUGUUCACUUUGCAAGCAUGUUAGAAUAGGCAGAGCAAAGUAAAGUACUGCUUUCCCUUCAGCCUGAAAUACAUUCAUUUUCAAAAAUGAUAGAAAAUUAAUUUUUUUUAAUAUGCUCUGUCUCAGGGUACUUCAAGGGAACUUCUGUAUCUGUUACCCACGAUCACCAGGAAUAUCUCGUUGCUUCUAAAACCAUUAGUCUUUGCUUUGCUUUGCUUUUUUAUGUAAAGCAAUUGGUUGUCUGGCUUAAAUUUCACAGUAUUUCAGUGAUAUUUAUUGGUUCUUUCACUUCUUGUCUAGAUCAACUAGAUAUGAAUUCCUGCAUUUGAAAAUGUAUGCACACCUUUUUUUUCUUUCUUUCUUUCAUUCUAUAUUACAAUGUGUUUGAGAGAUUUUGUAUAUAGAUAUAUUCAAUAAUGUAGUUAAAAAAAAUCAUAUUUAAAGAAAUAUAUUUUCAUUGUGUUGCAGUUUCAUUCCACAAUCUUGGAGUUUUGUUGCAAUAACCUGAGUAUACAAUAGAUCCAAAAACUGUGCAUUGAGGACAUUUGCAAAUGACUUCAACCACUUGAAGGAUGAAGCAAAGCAAAAGUGAAAUGAAUGUGGAUGAGGGUGUUGAAUCUGAUUCUCUGUCAUGACUUCAUUUCAUCCGUUUGUGAUUUACUGUUUUGGUUUAAAUUCCAUAUAAAGUGAAGACAAUCACAUGAUAGUAGUGAGAUUAUUGUUCAUAUAUUUUUAAUCAAUCUAAAAGUUUGUUGUUAAUAAAUCCCAUCAAAGAA